GCGAAGCCUUAACACGGAACCGGGCGUGGGUCAGCGUAUCACCUGGCAUCGGGAAACUUGAUGUCCUAGCAGGAACAUUAGGAAAUGUCAACUGUCGACAGGGAGCAAGCUAACUAGCGUCUUAGCUUAGCCGUGAACCCAGACCGUUGCUAGCUAGCCGUGCUAAGCGUGUGCAGAGGAGUAACGUUAGUUCUCGUUGCUAGCGAAUAGCUCGCCCCCGGACGUAAGAAAAAAUACAGGAAUAGGAACCGACGUUAGCAUGUUGACUCCGCAAUCAAGCCACUCAACGCUAAGAAGUGCUAACAACGGCUGUGCGGUUAACAGUGUGAGUGAGCGGUCCUCCCUGCCAAAGAAGGAGAGGCGCCAGGGACCAUGAGUGAAAAUGGCUCUCAUACAGAGGCGACUACGAUGUACUUUGAGGUGGAGGUGGAUCACCUGGGGCACGACGACGAAGAAGAAGAGGAGGACAAGAUACCCUUCGACAAAGACGACGACCUGACCGCUGAGCCUUCGUCGUCCUCUGGACGGGUGUACGACCGCACUACGGUGCUCAUUGAGCGGGACCCAAUCCGGCUAGACGAGGAGGGAGAAGAGGAGGGUCACUGUGGAGGGUACGGAGACGGGGUGACCUUCCUAACUGAAGGGGAGGUUGACGGAGACGAGGAGGAUGGCUCUCUGACCUUUAUGAGCGACCCUGAUGGCAUGUCACAGGGUUACGUGCACCACACCAUUUCUCAAGACCAGAUCCAGUUCACAAUCAAUCCGGGCUCCACUCGCAUGCCUCGCAACAUAGAAGGGGCCACACUCACCUUGCACUCCGAGUGCCCCGAGACUAAGCUGAGAGAGGUGAAGCGCUACCAGUGCAUGUUCGAGGGCUGCACCAGGACGUACAGCACGGCGGGAAACCUGCGGACUCACCAGAAGACCCACCGCGGCGAGUACACAUUCGUGUGCAACCAGCAGGGCUGCGGAAAGGCCUUCCUCACCUCCUACAGCCUCAAGAUCCACGUGCGUGUUCACACCAAGGAGAAGCCGUUUGAGUGCGACGUGCAAGGCUGUGAGAAGGCCUUCAACACCUUGUACAGACUGAAAGCACACCAGAGACUUCACACAGGCAAGACAUUCAACUGUGAAUCAGAGGGAUGCACAAAGUACUUUACCACACUUAGCGACCUGAGGAAGCACAUUCGCACACACACCGGGGAGAAGCCAUUCCGAUGUGACCACGAUGGCUGCGGCAAAGCGUUCGCUGCAAGUCACCACCUAAAAACGCAUGUACGGACCCACACAGGGGAGCGGCCAUUCAACUGCCCCAGCAACGGCUGUGAGAAGGCCUUCAGCAGCCAGUACAGUCUGAAGAGUCACGUCCGGGGCCACGACAAGGGGCAGCCCUUCAACGUCACCCUCAUCCACCCGCUCUCCGAAGAUGCAAAUCACUCGCUGUGCCUCAGUGACUUGAGCCUCAUCUCCACAGACUCGGAGCUACGGGAGAACAUCCUCAACACUCAACAUUUGGACCUCAGCAAUGUGACCCCUGUGAAAAUCUUUGAGCUCAUGUUCCAGAGUCCUGAAAAUAGUGUCAGCCAAGAUGAGGCCCAUCCCAACGAGAGCCUUGCUGAAUCCUCCAGCCUGGAGACGCCUGCCCGGUCGGUGGUGACUGACGGAUCGCCUCUCGUCUCCUUCUCUGUCCAUCCCACCUGCUCCUCUUCCUGUUCCCACCCAGCUGCCGUUGGGGAGGCUCCCCCCCAGCUCAGUCGCCGCUGCUCCUCUCAGGCCUCCACCCCUGCUUCUGUCACUGUGACUGUCACCUCAACUCAGCGACUCAACUCAACUCAUCCUUUCAUGCCGGCAGCCGGGCCUCAGCAGACCACCGACGUGCCUGCCCAAGCCUCCGGCCGAGCGGCACCCAACCACAUCGCCCCCCCGCACUUCGUGGCACUGCCCCCCACAUUCCUGCCGCCGGACAGCGCCGCCCAGACCCCUCCUCUGCCACCAGCCGUCUCUGCUCCGGCGCCGGUGGCUCCGGCGCCGACCAUCCCAGCGCUCCAUCCCACUGCUCCCGCGCCUGUUGUCGCGGCAACGGAUGUCGCUGUGGCUCAACCUGUGCCUUUGGCCAACAGCCCCGUUGCCAACUCUGGCCCUGGUCCGGGGACCACUCCCGCCACCUUAACCAUAGCUCCCACAGCGAACCUGCUGCAGCCCAGCCUGGUGAUGUCGGACCAGAACCUCCAGUGGAUCCUCAGCAGUGCUGCCAGCAGCCAGCAGAACCCGGAACAAGUGUCACAUCAAGGAAACCCUAAAGUGGAAAAGCUGUUCUUCACUACAGCCAUACCAGUGGGAGGAAAUGCUGGCAGCUCAGUGCAACAGAUCGGCCUCAGUCUGCCCGUCAUCAUCAUCAAACAGGAGGAGUCCUGCCAGUGCCAGUGUGCCUGCAGGGACGCUGCUAAAGACAAGAGCUCAAAGAGUGCCUCCUCCACCGCUUCGGCCCCUGCACAGUCGCAACCACCAGAGGCCCCGCCCCCUCCUCCCCCACCAUCUCACCCCCCCGAGCCUCCACGUCAUCCAGCGGCCUCAUCUUCUCCUUCUAGCGGCCUCCCCACGUCUUCCUCCAAGGUGGGCCAGGUGAGGCUGGAGGCAUCUUCUUCUUCUUCAUCUUCAGCUCAGACUCUCUCCACGAUAGUGAGCAGCACCGCCACAAACCCCCCCUCGUCCGGCGGGUUAGCCAACAUGGAUGUCUCUGACUUCCUCUCCCUGCAGAGCCCCGAGACAGCGGCCAACAUGGAGGCUCUGCUGCUGGGCGCCGAUGACUUCAACAUGGCCACUGAUGGCAAUCCUUAGAGGAGCCGCCUCCUGAGGACGGCGCCGCGCGUUUGUCUCAUCCGCGGGACUCGAUUGCACCCAGUUCUCCAGUCAUUCUCUGCGCCUGCAGUGCUUUCUGUUCUUUACAGAAUACAUACAUAUAUAAUCUAUGUAUGAAUACUUCUUCUGUUGAUUAACGUGGUUGAAUUUUGACAGACGAGAUUAGUUUGCUUAUUGAGAUGGAGCAAUUUUUAUGCUAAAGGUGAUAACCCAGGGAAAAGGCAGUAGAUCCUUUUAUUUAUAUAUAGAUAUAUGUAUAUAAACAUCAUCUAAAUGUAUAUAAUAACCCUCAAUAUCCGAUCUGAAUUGAUUGACUGAAGCAAAGGAGUGUUGUCCUCGCACUGGGAACUGUACUACAGGUCCUAACAACAAGUGACCAGAAUGCACUGUAUAUUAGAGGACAUUUCAUUUUGACAAGCAUUGCUCCCAGCAGGAAAAGGGUUUGGUCACUUCUACAAUAUGAAGUUAUUUCCUUUUAGUGUUUCUUUUUUCCUGGGAAGACGUGAGUGUGUGAAAGAUAUUUACUAAUCGAACCUGUGAGCCGAUCUGCCUGUCUUAAAAGUAAAUCAAUAAGUUGCCUAUAACUUAAACUAAUUUAAAAUUGUACAUGUUAAUUUAUUUAAAUACUUGAUUCUUUCAUCAAACUGGUAAUACUAUUAUUAUCCAUUAGAUAACAGAAUAAUCUAUUAAUUUAUUCCAAUCCAUGUUGUAUAUUUCAGUUGAGCCGUUUGUUACUGAUGUUUUAUUUUGCUUUUCUUUGAACGAUGUAAUGCGUUUUGCUCAAAGCAAGUUUGGGAAACUCGAAAGUGAAACAAAAUGUCCCAGAGGAUCUGCUUGUUUGCAAAGAUUGUCCACGAUGUGCUUCAUCGUCAGGAGCUGCAGCCCCCCCCCCUCCCCCUCCCAUGGCGUACAGGGUCGUGACCCUCUCAGGGACGCAUCGAGUUGUGAUCCUGGUUCCCUCAAUGUUACUCAGACACGUUAAGGCUCUUAACGGACGCACACUCUUCCCCGUUGAUCGCACACCCACUUGUGAAGCGAGUAAUCUGACACCACUGCAACCUUUUUGUACACAACUGCUGUAAAGUAGCAUUUAAAAGAUGGUGAAACAAUGUAAAUACAGUACAUCUCAGUGUAAACAUCUUUUGAGAAACGUGUAGAUUAUCCUAGAAUUUGUAUUUUUGUAUAGACUUUUGAAUCACUAAGCUAAUGCCCUCUGUCCCUGCGUUGCUCCCACUGUCGCGUUUAUGCAGAAGAGGCUUUGCAGUGUUUAGUAGAAUUGUUCUUCAAGCAGCUGGGCUCUUGUACAGUCUCCCCAUAGUAACACAAAUAUAUGGAACACGCAGCCUUCUGCUCGGUUUCACAGUAUUGUUUCACACGGGACGCAAUGCAAUGAUGAAAGAAGGAAGGCCUUACGCCCCGUCUACGAAGUGUACAGCUACUUGGCCUUACAACAGAACUGUUCCCUUGAGCCUCCUUGCCUUCAGUCUCUGCGUCAGACAGGCCGACCCGUCGCCCUCACCGAGUCUCAGGCGAUCGCUUCCAGCAGCAUUGAGACGGAAACGUUUACGGUUCAAAACUAUUUGAUUAUUUUCCAGAUUUGUUUGGAAGGUUGAUGCAUAUGCAGCGUAAUGGUUACAAGCGUGAUUCUACAUUUUCAUUCAACACGCAUGCCACAUGUCUGGAUUUUUUUUGCCAACAUUUAGUUUGUUGAGCUCGCCUCUAAAUUCACAGGUGCCAAGUAGGCAAUUCGAUAUGUGAGAGUUUCCAAUCACUCAUUUUCUGCUCGCAACCAUUCCAUAUAUGCAGUAUAUUGUCUCCACGUGGUUCCAUUGGAUUAAUAAAUGUGGAUUGAAUUAACAUUUUUUUUGUAACGGGCAUGGAAAGUUACUGCCAGGUGUUUCCAUACAGUCAAAGAACACAACUAUGCAAGCUCACGUGUGGCUUCUGCAAGUUUGAAGACAGAUUUAUUUACUCCCCUCAUGAAAUUAUAUUGUACCACAAACUUACACGUGGAAGUCCAGAGGCGGAAGCUGUAAUUGAGUGGAGUGCCGGUACUGAACACUGCAGCAUGUGGAUCCUUUGACAUGCGGUUUGAAAGAGUAUUUAGUGAACGAUUCUGUUUUAAGAAUUGUUUUGGUCAAAUGUAUGCAGCCCCCCCCACCUUUACAUUUUAUGCGUUUUAUUUGUGCUCACUCCAUUUAAUCAGUUUUCACAUUUAAAAUCUGAUGUUUUUUUAAAUCAAUAACAGUGAAACUGAUCGCUGUCAUUUUAAUCCAUUAACAGUUUGUCUUUCUGGGAAUUUACCUGAGAAACAAACUGAUGAAGACAUUUGUUUGGAAGCAGAUAGUUUAUCAGAGUUCUUUUGAAAGUGAGAUCCAGACAUUUCAAUUUCUUUUCCAAUUGGGUAAUAUUUUGAGAGAACAGGUUUCCAAAAGAGUGUCUUGAAACCCAAAGAAUGAGGAAUAACGGAGGGUUUGUAUUUUAAAAGAAUGUAUAAUAUGAACGUUUGCUUAUGCUCGUUUUGUAUAAAAGUUCUGAAUUGAGAGCAAUAUAAUAAAACUUAUCCUCGUCACUGAAA